CAAAAAUAUAGGCGCCUUCUCCCAAAGUUGAGGCUGUAGCAUUGCACAGGAAUUAAGAAUGCUUGUCGAGCGGUAGAUGAAUGCUAACGGUAUCCAUGAACUUGUCCUGGCGAGAAAAAUAGUCAUUUGAAUGGGCGUAUCACUAAUAUUUGACAUAUCUGUAUAAGGAGCCUCGAGGAUAAAACGCACUGCAUAAUGACGUUUCUAAUGUUGGAUUUCUUCAUUUGUAAUCCUGUGAGAUGUAGCUAGCUACUUGGUUAGCUUGUUUGUUGGCCACCGGCUUUGCGCCAGGAGUAAAGACCAAUCAAUCGCCGGCUGCCUUCACCGCUAGUUUUUGUGUACAGAGUACUGCUGCUGAGGCAAGGGAAACGCGCAGCGGUCACCGGUGACUGGACCUGGUGGCGUGAGAACUACGUUAGCUAAUGCAGUCAAGUGUAUACCGAAAUUUCCAGUCACCGGUUUUGAACCGAGGUGUUUAAAUUACGCCGGCGAAGGUCGACCCAGAUUAUAAUAAUAGAUAUAUCUUAGCUAGCCGGACAAGUGCUGCGCAAGGAUGUUGCAAGUGCUUGGCUGCGGCGUCGUGGUUUUUCCAGGUCUGUUCUUCCUGUUUCGAAAAGUGCUACCGUCCAUUUUCAAACAUUGGACCGAUGCUGACGUUGUUCUUGUUAGCGAGAGGCUGGUGUCCUCGGUUCAUGCCAUCAUGGCCACCACCGCUGGGGUGAUCGUGGUGUGCUCAUGCAGGGGCAAUGUGAUCAGUGACAAGCAUUGGCUUGCCACCUAUUUCGUCAUCUGGUAUGGCGUGCCCUACAUGUCAUACGACAUCUUUGCCAUGUACCUCAGCCACUACAACCGCUUCCGGGUCAAGGGUCACGAGGAAUACAAGAAGCACUCGUGGAGGACGGUCAACUCAUUUGUGCGUCGGGAGUUCCUGCUGGUCCUUCAUCACAUCGCCCUGCUGACCAUCCUGCUGCCUGUGACACUGUUCCUCAGGAAAGACCAGGGAGAUUUCUUCAUCGGCUGCCUGUUCCUCACAGAGCUCAGCACUCCGUUUGUGUCUCUGGGGAAGAUGCUCAUCCAGCUGGGGCUCCAGGACAACUGGGUGCACAAGGCCAACGGUGGCAUGGUGCUGCUCACCUUCUUCCUGUGCCGCAUCACGCUCUUCCCCUACAUGUACUGGGUGUACGGCCAGCACUACGGGCUGCCCCUCUACAGCGUGCCCUUCCACCUGCCCCUGUCCACCAACCUGGGCAACAUGUGCAUCAUGGCGCCGCAGGUCUACUGGUUCGUCCUGCUCUGCAGAAAGGGCUACCGUCUCUACAAGCGCUCCCGAAACCCAGGCCCUCCAGCCGCCGCAGCCCUGGACAACGCCAGCGCCAAGGGAGACCAGUAGAGCCACACUCACACUCUUAUCCACCACCCACCCAACUGACCAACCAACAGCACCGACAACUACUAGGGCACCAUUUUACUACUACUGUUACAGUACAGAUAGUGCUGCUACUGCUACUACUACUUUUGAUCACUUCUAAUACUUACUACUACUAUUAAGACUGGUAGGACUCCUUCGGCCCCCUCCAAAAACCCGUCACUCGCUGUUCAGCUGAGCUCCACAGGAACAGUCUUGGGCAUCGGUUCAUACGCUUGGCCUCCGAUUGGCUCCUCUCCUGCUUGUUGCCAUGGAACUAAAGGGUUGUGGGGGGUGGGGUCGUGGUGGAGAGCGCCAGAUGCCUCCCUCUGCAGGGUGAGGAAACGGCCGGAGUGGCCGGAGCGCUGGACGGCACCUCCUCUUUUGCCAGGAGCCGCCUCCAGAAGCAACUGGUGCACCCUGGGUCAAAAAGAGAGCCCCUCUCCCAAUGUUGAUGAACUACUGAUUGAAGAGUCUGUUACAGUUUUAGACCAGUGACUUUGGAUAUGGGUAUUAUUUUAUUUUUUUGGGUUCUGUCUGUCAAGUUGUUAGCCCAAGCAGCAUCCGUUUGGGGAGAUUUCCCCUUGUUCUUUCCAGAAAGUAUUUUUGUUUUGAGAGGAAGGGGUGUGGGUGCACAAAGUGAAUUGGCAAGAGUGUCAUCCCAUCAUUCGUUCACUCACUAUAUAAAUCCAUAAAUGUGAUGUAACCCCGCUCCCCACAAACAUACUACACAUACAAGCUUUUACACACCAUCGCACACAUCUAGCUCUCCCUCUUCCCAUCUCAGUCCGUCCACGACCACCACCCCGCAGUACUCCUGUCUUCCUUGUUUACAGUCCAAUAGUUGUGUGUGUGUGUGUGUGUGUGUGUGUGUGUGCGUGUGUGUGUGUGUGUGUGCUUGUGUGUGUGUGCGUGCGUGUGUGUGUGCGCGCGAAUGUCUGCACGCGAAUGUGUGCACUGCCCCGCUGUGACAGUUUACAAGUUCUCUAUAAACGUCCUUCCCCCAAAACAAAGUGGGGGUGGAAAACAUUGCUCGGCACCUGGUUUAGGUGCUUCUGAUAUCAGUAUAGUCAGCCUCCAUUACAGAGGCCUCUCUUAAAAUUGCUGUGCAGCCUCCUGACCACAGGGGGGCGACGUGGUGUGUAGACCUAUCUGUUUACAUCAUGCACAGGAGGCAUGCUCCAGGGUUGGUGGCGUGGCGUGGUUGAAGGGUGGGGUAUGGUGUGGUUCUAGGCGGAGGUAUUCAAGUUGGUGUCUCCAGGCUACUCAGUGACGAGAGUGGUAGGUGUGUGUGAAUCUGGCCCUCCAACACUGGGGCCUACUGCUCGAGCCGCGUGAAAUGCCCUGGGGCAUUACUAUGGAAAUCAUUUUGAGCAAUAACACUGGCUUUUUUUUAGGGCAGAAGGGGGUAGAUUAGCGUUCCCAGCAUGCAAGAAGGACUGAACAGCUGCAUGCUGCUCCGCAGAAACACAAACGCACUUAUAUUUAUAGGAACAGAUUAUAUAUGACAAAAUAUGAAGACUCUGUUGGCAGGCAGGAACCCUUUGUCACUCGUAGCUUUUUAGCCUCUGUGGACAGAAGUGUUUAGUUUAUUUUGCCACAGACUGUCCAGACCUGAAAGCUCCUUUGCCAUGUCUGUCAUGAGUAAAAAACCAGCGCUGACAUAUCACUGCGGCCCAAUCACGGUCCUCAGAUUGGUCCAGUUUGAACCAACCAAGGCAGAUUUCUUUCUUUCGGAGUCUCUCAUCAUGUGAAAAUGGCACUUGGUUGAGGUGCAGGUCUGUGUGCAGGAUGUGGCUUUUCAGUUUGUAGCUGGUGGUUGAAGUAAGGUGCUGACCAUUUUCAUAGUCUUUCAUCAGAGUUUGGUGAGCCUUGGGUGGUGGACCCAGACUGAAGCCAGGUUUAGCGUUAGCUUUGAACAUUAGCAUGGAACUCAGUGCGCACAUCUCAGAGAUCAUUUCACAGGGCUCUCGACACAUAGAAUAAAAUAUAUUUCAUAUGUUUUUAGCAAAUGCGUAUUAUAGUUUUUACUACACCUUUUAUGAAACUUUUGAGUAGAUUAAUUCCAUGAAUGCUAUCACAAGCUCUUGAAUUUUAAGGUAUUGAAUUGCUCUUAGAAAUACAUAUAAGUCUGUUCACUGAUAAUAUUUUAAGAUCUUAUAAAUAUGAAGAAAAACUGGACCUAAAAAAGCUGCCUUCAGCUGUGUGUGUGUGUGUGUGUGUGUGUGUAUUUGAGUGAGUGUGUUUGAAUUCAUGUGCACAUGAGUGUGUGUGUGUGUAUAUGUGGGUGGGUGUGUAGGUGGAUGAGUUUGUCUGAGGCCUGAGAGGGCAAGAUGUCAUAGACGUCACUUUAAGCUUUCCUCUUCAUGUGGGGAAAAUAUCCCCCCACGAUUUCCUGACCUGUGAACUAUGCACAGACCUCCUGUCGGCAAUGCCGUCAUGACACCGAAACAUCCCCCAGUCCUCCCAUCGCCCAACACUAGUCCUCUGAGCGAUCCCCCAGUCUCUCCCGUCGCCCAACACUAGUCCUCUGAGCGAUCCCCCAGUCCUCCCGUCGCCCAACACUAGUCCUCUGAGCGAUCCCCCAGUCCUCCCGUCGCCCAACACUAGUCCUCCCGUCGCUGUCCGAGUGGUCAGCAGCGCCAGUCUCUCUGCUGGACGUCUGGUCCAGUUGGUCCAGCGUCGGGUGCGUUGGAAGCCCCGUGGGCCUCCCUUUAGAUUAGUCUGUUUGUGUCCUUUGACCGAGCGGGUAGUUAGUCUUUGUUUGGCGGCCCCAUGAAUCUACUGUAUGCCCCCCCACCCCCUCGUCUGUGUCGGUGUACCCCGUCCCGCUGGCUUCUGUCCAGAGCGCUGCAUUGUGGUACGGCUGAGCUGGGCUGAAUGGGUGCCCUCUGAAUGAGUUUACUCUGUCCCCCCUUUGUUUGGCGCGACAGCAGCGAACCCUCUGGAAACAUUUCCCUCUCGCCCCCGUGAGCGCUCUCAUGCCACCCGCUUCCUCCGUCUCUUGUCUGCGGGUUUUAGACAGCGCCGGUUGGCAGCAGGGGUGGGGGGUUGUGAGCGAGAUGGCAUUGCCAAGAGACCACGUCUCCCUGAUUUCGGAGGGUGUGUGUGGGGUGGGGUAGGAUGGGGUGGGGGGUAGAAACGGCAUAAUUUGGGUAGACUUGGGGUGUUGGAACGCCUGUCCAUUUUUGACGGGACAUGUAGUCAGUCAGAGGGUGUUUUUUCUUUCCAAGGGAAAUUGUGAUCAGUGGACAACGACAGGCUGGCAUAUUGGCUUCCUCACACGUGCUGAUACCGUAGGCUUGCGUCUGCUUACCCUCCGAUUCUUUAACACUGGUGGGUCACAUGUCCAUCGUAGUUGGCAUUACUUUCUAGGGGUCAAAGUUCAGCAUGUAAUUUGGAGACUUUGCACCCAGACAGAGUUGCUUCUGAGGAGUGAGAUGUCAUAGCAUGCAAACACAUAUCCAGAUAAUCAUUUUUAUUGUCGUUAGUUAUUAAUUUUUUUUAACAGUAAUAUAUAAAGUCUUAUGUUUAGUCUCACUAGAGGCAUCCUCUCUUUGCUCAGGGUAUGGUGAAGAAGAUGUUAACACUUGUUUGUUUCUCCUAGAGAUUUAUUUUUUGAAAAAAGUUGAAACUGUGAGUAUAAGAUGAAGAAGAAAAAAAGAAACCUGAAACUUAAAAUACCUGGAAUGACACUAUUGUAUAUUUUGUUUUUCUCUUCUGUUUUCUCUUAUUUGGGAUGAAAGCAUUCUGACAUGGCUUGUGAUAUUGCAGCCUUAAAGGGUUGGUAGACCAAAGAUUGUCAGGCACUUUAAUCAAUAAUCAUCAAAAAAAGUAAACAAAAGUGAACAGAAUUUCACAAACGAGGACGAUGGUGAAAAAUGUCCCUCUCGUUUUAAUUUGUCUCACUCCCUACACAAUCUCAUCACCGCCGCAUUCGCCCGUGGCAAAGACGAACUCCCAACGUCUUGCAUCUUAUCAGAAAGAAAUGGAGAAGCGGUGGUAGAUGGGGCUAGUGUACUUGGGGACUUGUUGCCCCUCUGCAGUUUGGUUGCUAGACUUUUUACACAUAUCUAGAUCAGGCUAGAUCCUAUCAUUCCUGGGGGGUCGCUUUGGGGCUGCAAGUGAUUCUGAGCCGUUAUUGGUAAUUUAAUGACUGAAGGUGAACGAAAGACGAAUGAAAUAGGAAAAAGCUAAAAUGGUCAAACCGAGAUAAUUGAGACGACAACUUGUACAAAGUUCGCACACACAAACGUGUUCUGUGUUGACCGGGUUGGUGCUGUUAACUCUGGACAGUGACAACCAAAAUCAGAAUCCAGUGCCUUGUGUUAAAAAUCUGUUCGUAUUACCCACACAAGCGCAGCACAAACCAGGCCGUUUUAACAGGCAGUGUUUACAAGGUUGAAGCUGCAUUUCUAUAUUUGCUUGAGAUGAGAUCAGAUGGCAGUUUACUGUGUACCUUUGCGAAACGAAGACAAGGAUCAGACCUGCACUUGUUUACAUCGUAAAUUUUGCUAACGAAGCAUUGGUGUUGAGCACACUCACAGAUCUUAAUGAAUUGAUGAGGUUACUAUGUUACAGUUAGUUAUUCACACAAAAAUAAACAUACCUUGGUCAUUAAGAAUUAUUCAGAACUUUAAUAGUGUUCUGAGUUCUUUGAAGACUGUUAGGUGCUCAACCACAAUAUGUAUCAGAAAAUCUCCACAUGAAGACAUUUAUAGUUGUAAUGCUGAGAUUGGCGUGCACAGUAAAUUACCCUGAAAAGAUAAGACUUGAAUUAAAAGCUUCAUCCUAGCAGUCAUGAAUCAUCCUUACCCAUCACAGUAGCAGCAGAAAACUUCACUGACGUUAUCACCUGUCACCAACAUCCAUACAACUUAAGCAUCUGGUGAAUCAUUUUGGCUUUGAAACAUCAACGUUCAGAAUUUGUUUGCUGUGUUUGAUAUUUGAUUGAUGCUGUUCAAAUGAAGGCAGAGGCUGUGUCCCAAUUUUGCAAAUUGCAUUUCAUACCCUCCUACCCCCCCCAAUUCUUGGGUAGUUUCCAAAAAGCAAAAAGUCCCAUUGUUUAUUUGUGUGAUCUGUACAUUAAAGAAACCUGCUCUCCCAUUCCAGUAUCAGUUUCAGAAGAAUUUUUGUCUGAACUUUGCAAUGCCACAAUAUAUUAGGAAACAACUUGAGGUGGCUAAAUGGAAAUGCCAACAAAUGCCAUCUUUAAAGAUGCUGGGUAUUAGGGCAUCACAAAAGUCCUUGUCCUUAUGGGAUGAAUUGAUAUUAGUUAAUGUAUCUCAGCAGAUACAUUGAUGUAGCCGAGAGGUAAUAGUUACAAGUGGGAGGAAUGGUUGAUGGAGAACCUUUCUGAAGUUGGGGCACAGCCUUCAGUCUAUGUUAAGUUUUAUGACUCUGGCCCUUUCUGGUGUCACUUUUCUUAGCUGUGGUUUCUUUCGCACAGCUCAAUCACAACCUUUAACACUCCCUGCCUCCUUAUUUUUGAUAAACGUCUGAUGAUUUUUUCAUAUAUUUAUAUAUCAAAGUUUUGAUAUAUACAUAAAGGAGGGGUUUCUCUUUUGUUUGUAGUGUGACCUUUACUUUCUCUGAAAGAGACCUGGCUAUUGACUGAAACUAACCUAAACGUUGAUUGAGAGGAAUUUAUUUUGUUGCAACUUGUGAAUCCAGACACUGUUAAGAGAAAAAUAAAUCUGAUUGGGUGAAACCCUG